AUGAUGGCAUCUUUGGUCGAUGUUUCGCAGCCACACACUGCAAUUUAUGAAAAUCUUUACAAUGAGAUGAAUCCACAGGGUAAAAGCGUGAUUCCAGCUCAGGAAGCUGCCGUUUUCUUGAAGAGAUCUAAUCUUAGUGUUCAAAUUUUAGGACAGGUGAGACCAGUGCUCUUGAACUCGGGUUUAGGUGGGACUUCUUUGGCAAAAAUAUGGGAGCUGUCAGAUCUUGACAAAGAUGGACAACUGAAUCGCGUUGAGAUGAGUAUUGCAUUGCAUUUGGUUUAUCGUGCAUUGAAGGGUGAUCCUGUCCCUGCAAUACUUCCGCCAUCAUUGCUGCAUCGUUCCGCAGUAUCACCCAUUGUCCCGCCGCCAUCAAAACAUAGGAACGGAGGCCGUUCACGUACGGGGUCUGUUGCUUCGUUAGAUGCUGCCUCAACUAGCUUUGUGCCAUCUAGUUUCUCCAGUGUACCACUCCAACCACGUUCACAAAGUGUACAGCCCACCGCCUCAAGUACCCCAACGCAUACUCUAGGCCCUAUGACAUCACUGAAUCCUCUUCUUGCAUGGCCAGUACAGUCAGUUCGUUACGAGCGGGAAUUCAGAAAAGCAGAUACAAAUAAUGACGAUUUAGUUUCGGGAACUGACAUACGCGAAGAGCUUUUAAAGUCAGGCCUGUCGCAGUCUACACUCGCUCGUUUGUGGGCAUUGGUUGACAUUAAAAAAACAGGAACAUUAAAUUUGGAGCAGUUUGCUUUGAUCAUGUAUCUUAUGGAACAGUGUAAAAAGGGCGCACCAGUUCCAAGUGUUCUUGCACCAAGUCUUGUUCCACCAUCUAUGCGUUGCGACGAAAUCCCAAAUAUUUCAUCUCUUCAAAUUAUGGAUUCCGUAUCAACUGGAAAUGAAGAACUGGACGCGAUUCAGCGAGAUAUUCGCAAUUUAAUUGACGAAAGGCGUGAAGCUGAUCAGGCGGUCGUGCAGCUUGAGGCGGACAUGACCAUUAAAAAUAGUGAAAUCAAGAACCUUCAGGCAUAUUUUUUUGCUCGUUAA